AUGAGAGAGAUCAUGGAGAAGAAUGAGAGAGAUGAUAGCAUGGAGAAGACUAAGAGAGAUGAUAGCACGGAGAAGACUGAGAUAGGUAAUAGUUCUAGAACUGAGGAGCCAGUUAACUACAGAGGAUGGAAAGCAAUGCCAUUUGUCAUAGGAAAUGAAACAUUUGAGAAGCUGGGAGCCAUUGGCACCUUGUCCAACCUCUUGGUCUAUCUCAUUAGUGUCUUCAACAUGAAGAAGAUCACAGCUGCAACUAUGCUCAUCAUCUUCAAUGGCACCACCAACUUCGCUACCUUGCUCGGAGCUUUCGUUUCAGACACUUAUUUCGGUCGCUAUAAGACUCUGGGUUUUUCUUCAUUCGCUUCUUUUUUGGGGCUGUUGCUGAUAGAUCUUACAGUAGUGUUCAAGAAGCUGCAUCCUCCUCAUUGCAAAGCAGAAGAAGGAGAAAUAUGUAAAGGGCCAACAGCUGGGCAGAUGGCAUUUUUACUAACUGGUUUUGCACUACUAGUAGUAGGAGCUGCAGGCAUCAGGCCAUGUAACUUGGCAUUUGGAGCUGACCAAUUCAACCCCCAAAACAGAAUCUGGGAAAAGAGGCAUCAACAGCUUCUUCAAUUGAUAAGUUGGGCUCUUGGGUUUGGCAUUCCACCCAUUCUAAUGUUAAUAUCAUGUGCCCUCUUCUUUAUGGGUUCAAAAAUGUAUGUGAAAGUGAAAGCCACAGGCAGCCCAAUUACAAGUCUAGCACAGGUCAUAGUGGUUGCUAUCAAGAAAAGGCAUUUGAAGCUAUCAGAGCCAGAGCAACCAUGGUUCUGCAUGUUUAUUUAUAUGCCUCCCAAUUCUAUCAACUCCAAGCUUCCUUACACAAAUCAGUUCAGAUGCCUUGACAAAGCAGCAAUUCUUACACCCCAAGACGAAAUACUCCCGGAUGGAUCAGCAGCUAAUCCUUGGAGACUUUGCAGCAUGCAGCAAGUGGAAGAAUUGAAAUGCCUGCUGAGAGUUUUACCAAUAUGGGCUGCAUCUCUCGUAUGCCAUGUUGCAAUAGUCCAGCUGCAAACAUACGUUGUCUUUCAAGCCAUUCAAUCCGAUAGACGCCUUGGAAACACCAAUUUCGACAUCCCACCUGCAUCCUACUCUGUCUUCUUGAUGCUGAGCAUGACCAUUUGGAUACCAAUCUAUGACCAACUUGUUGUCCCAUUCCUCCAAAGGCUCACAGGAAAAGAAGGCGGCAUCACUCUCUUGCAGAGGAUAGGAAUUGGCACGUUUCUCACUGUAAUCUGCAUGAUAGUAUCUGCAUUUGUUGAAGAACGCCGAAGGACUAUAGCUCUAACUAAACCGAUUCCAGGACCAAAGGGUGCCAUUUCUUCCAUGUCAGGCUUUUGGUUGAUCCCUCAGCUCUCAAUUGCUGGACUUGCUGACGCAUUCACCACCGUUGGUCAAAUUGAGUUCUACUACAAGCAGUUCCCUGAAAACAUGAGAAGCAUUGCAGGGUCUCUCUUCUUUUGUGGAAUAGCAGGUUCAAGUUACUUAAGCAGUUUGUUAAUUGCGGUAGUUCACCGGACGACUGAGGGGGCUGCAACUGGAAAUUGGCUGCCAGAAGAUCUAAACAAGGGGAGAUUGGACUACUUCUAUUACUUGAUUGCUGCUCUAGGAGCCAUUAAUAUGGGCUACUUUUUAGUUUGUGCAAAUUGGUACAAGUACAAAGGUACUGAGAACAACAAUGCCCUUGGAGUUGAAGUUGAACUGGUGAGGAAAAAACUGCUGGUUGAUAAUGAAGCUUUGAAGUUAUCACAUUAG